AAAUACAUAGGUUUAAGUAAAAGAGUCGAAAUGACAUUUACUAUUUUUCAAUAAUAGUAUUUAUUCAAAAAUAUUCAAACUUAAAUUAAAAAAUAGGAGAGCUGUAUAAUAUAAUAUAAUAAUAAUAAUAAUAUUAAUAUUAAUAUAAUUUUAAUAUAUCCGUACAUAUUUGCUCAGUAUUUUCGAUCAGCUGAUCGUCGAAAAAAGUUAAGUUUAUGUAGUCUGGUCACUCUUAGCAAGUUGGCGCAAGUUUCAGCACAGCCAAAAUAAACGGAAUCGGUCUACGCGCUAUUGAAUUGCAUUUGCUUUUACAUUAAAAAUUCAUAUAUAUAGCGAAUUAUUGGAUGUUUAUAAGCACGUUGCUCUGCUUCAACAAUAUCAAGAUUAGACUGUUGAUAUUCAUAUCAAGAGCUCAAAAACGAAAUCCAGAAAAUAGCCGGUCUAGAAAGUGAGAUUUCGAAAUUACGGAUGGAAAAAAAUAUAACUACUCAACUAUGAAAGAAGUCUCUGUUGAGAAAUACAAAAAAAGGCUGGCUUCAUUUUAUUAACCCCUCCAAACGCAAAUAAAUUUAUAUUAUCAGUAGUCAAACAUCAAAUGGAAAUGUUUUUGUCUAUGCGUCAACUAUCGAUGCCGCAAGUAUCAACUAACGUUUAUCGAUACUUGUUAAAACGCUUAAAAUACUUGUGCAAAUCGAAUUAGAAAAUUGUUGUUAAGCUUAGAUUUGCCUGUGUUUUAAUUUCUGAACAUGAGCACAGUCAGCAGCCCAACAUCGGUGAACUCACUAUGCCGCGGUUGCCUCGACAACCUCGACGGCUGCCCCAUCUACGAUCUGUUUGUGCUACCAGACCUCGCCGAGACCUUCACUCUUUGCACAUCUUUACUGGUCGAUGUUCAGGAUGGCUAUCCCAGGCAACUGUGUGCCAGUUGUUAUGCCCGCCUCAAUGAUCUUCAUGACUUUAAAAACCAGUGCGUGGCCUCGCUGCAGCGUUUCAAAGAAAUGGUCGCCACCAAAGUGAUUUUGCCCAGCAGCAGCAUCGAUCUGUUGGAACCGCUGCCAGUGGCUUCUUCCAGCAAUGAGGCGGAGCUGCUAAUCAAGGAUGAGGAGCUCAGUAACAGCAACACAGAAUAUGAUCCGCUGAUGCAUCAUAAUCUCGAGCUAGUUGGCAACGAAGAGGAAGUGUUUAAACUGCUGGAGCAUGUGGACAAAGAUGACGGUGCUUCAACGACGUCCCCCGAGGAUGAUGUGCCCUUGGCACAACGCUUGCUGCCCUCCAAAACACUGGCCAACAAAUCCCAGCCAAAAAGUCAGCGAUUCACCUGCAAAAUUUGUGGAAGUAAAUUCAAGAAGCAGCCUAACUACGAUGAGCAUAUGAAGCAUCACAACGGAUUACUGCCGUAUCAAUGCAGCAUUGAACGAUGUCAGAAAGGCUUCACCACACCGGCAGCACUGCGUCUCCAUGUGGACUAUGCGCACAUGCAGUGCGCGAAGGAAAUACCCUGCACUGUUGAAAGUUGUACGCUGGUGUUUCCCCGCCUCCGACUGCUCACGAUUCAUCUGAAGAAGGUACACAAUAUGACCCGGGCCAGUGAGCCCCGCGUUGAGCAGAUGUGCAGUGAAUGCGGUCUUCUUUUCCGCUGUCCGGUGGCAUUUAAGAAGCACAAGUUUAAGCACACCGGAGAGCAGCUGCCGUAUCCUUGCAACAUUUGCGGCAAGGCCUUUCACUUCAAUAGCGCGUUGAAAAAUCACCUUCUGCGGCACGCGGGCAUCAAGAACCAUGUGUGUCCCUAUUGUGGCGUGGGUAAGACCACUCGCCAGGAGUGGAGCAAACACAUGCUGACGCACACGCAGGAGAAGAUGUUCAAGUGCGAAGUAUGUGAACAUGCCACUCACACGAAGCGAGCGCUCGACAAUCAUGUGAAGACUGUGCACGAGAAGAUACGCAACUAUGCGUGUCAGUAUUGUGGCAAGACGUUUGGCAAGUCGCACGCAUGUAAGAUACACGAGAUGACCCACACCGGGGAGAAGCGUUGCGAGUGCAAGGUGUGUGGCAAGAAGUUCUUAUAUACCGAGAGCCUGACGAAGCAUCUGAAGAUACACGAGAAGAGCGCUGAGCAAGCGCUUGAAACAUAUCGCCAGCGACAGCCGGAAUGUGAUGCCAAUACGGAAGAUCAACUGCUGCUUAAGGUGUGUGCCGAAUCGGUGGCCACCAUACCGCGUGAUCCACGACGUGUUGAACGCGUAGACAUCUCGCAGCUUGCAGGCACCGUUGUCAACCCCAUACCAGAUGUUUUAUUGCCGUCAAAUCCGACAUCUCCAAAAGAGAGCGGCCUGCACUACUGUCCCGUCUGCAAUCAGGGAUUUAACAAUCUGGGCAACAUGAAGCGUCAUUACAAGAGCGUGCAUGAGAAGGUCAGGGAAUUUGAGUGUCGCUUCUGUGCCAAACGCUUUGCCAACUCCCAAUCUCUGAAGCAGCACGAAUGGAUACAUACCGGAGAGAAACCGUAUGCUUGCAAAACUUGUGGCACGAAUUUCCGUCAGGAGGCCGCCUUGAUACGCCACCAGAAGGUGCACGAAGAGAAGCCAGCGAAACCGGAGAAAUUGCCGAAGCAAAUCACCGAAAAGUGCCGCCAAAAGGAACUACAGAAAUGUGAAAAACGUCGCAAUGUGGCCGCAAUGCGUCAGAAGAUUGCCGAGGCAGCCGAAGAGGAGCUGCAGCAGUUGGCCAAACAGCGUCAGCUGGAGAAACAACACAACACCUAUGAGCAGUAUCAAGCGGCGGCUGCAGCAAUGCUCAGAGAUGAUGACGAGGUGGAGGUGGAAGAGUACUAGAGACUUCCCAGCUGGAAGCUGUAAUUGUGGGUUACAUUGUUAAUAGUUUUAAUACAUUUCGAGGAGAUAAAGCUUUUGAAUUGAAGAGGAAUUGCUUUUACUCCACGUUUUAUCUGCAACUAACGCUUUAAAUAAAUAUUAAA